AUGGACGAAGAUCAGUGGAUAUAUGACAACAUAAUGUCUGAAGAAGUUAAUAUGAAUGAAGACAAUGGAGAGGAACUUGAUGUGUUUGAAAAUAUUGAUUAUUCUGAUGCCUUCAAUACUUCUCAGGUGUUUGCUACCCGUGAUGACAUUUUGCAUUGGGCUCGCUCUGUUGCGUAUGAUAUUGGUUUUAUGGCGGUGAUAAUGAGAAAAUGUGGGUGUCCCUUUAAGCUACAAGUGUUGAAAGGUGACGGAUGGAUGGUGAAGUUAAUAUGUGGGAGUCAUAAUCAUGCAUUGGCUAAGUCAUUAGUUGGACAUCCAUAUACUGGUCGACUGACUAAGGUUGAUAAGACUAUUGGUGAUAUGACAAAGUCAGUGGUCCAACUGUCAUACAUUAAUUUCAUCCAGGGACAAUUGUUUGUCAACAUGUGGACCUUUGCUGACCAAAUUGAGAUUCUUAACACUCAUCGCCGUGUAAUCCAUAAAGUUUAG